AUGGGCGACAAUGGCUCAAGGACAUGUUUUGUAGUUUUGGCAAUAAUAGCAGUUAUUAUUGCCUUAAUUAUUGGUCUAGUCGCCACGUCACUGAAAAAACUUGCCAGCGAUGAAGUGGGUGUCCAAUAUGACACAAUUCAGAAGUCUCUGGACACAGAGGUCAGAAAAGAAGGACUGCACACUGGACCUCCAGGAUUUGAAUUCAUCAUCUUUCCCAGUGUCUAUCGCUCCAUGACCUUCAGUGACCUCACUUGUCUCAACAAAGAUGGCGUACAAAUUGUUCUUGAUGUGACAUACCAGUACAAAGUUAAGGCUGCGAAGCUGCGUGAAGUGAUCAUUGACUUCCGUGACUACGAUGGCUACAAGGAUGUUCUUAAGUAUGCAGGUCAGUCAGCUCUCCAUGAGGCAUGUAGUCAGUUCAACACCUCUCAGUUCCAGGCGGAACGAGGGGCAUUCCAGGAAACAGUCCGAGAAAAACUCCAGGUCAGAUAUGACGAGUUGAAUGCUGACCUAACUGACUUACAGGUCAGCAACAUUGCACGUCCUGCUGAGUAUGAGAGUGCCAUCCGCAGCAAAGAACGGGCACGAGAGGAUAUCCAGGUUGCAUUGAAUGAGAGACCACGACUCCUAACUGAAGCAGACACAGGAAAGAGAGAGGCAGAGACUCAGGCUCAAAUCAUUAAGGACAAAGCUAACUCAGACGCAAGGAUUCUUGAAAAUCGUGCAAUUUCUGAAGCCAAUGCUAUCAUCGAUCAGUACAACAAAGAAGCUGAAGCCUAUGAACUCAUUCUCAGUUCAUCUGGAUUGGGAUUCACAAUGGAGGGUUUCAUUUCAUAUCUGGGUGUCCGAGUUAUUGCUGAUGCUAAGAAUCCUGUCCAUAUCGGACUGCAGAGUCCAGCUAAAUCAUCCUACACGUAGAUUAGAAAUACAUAGUCCAAUAUAUUGGGUGAAAGUUACAACACCAGUAUAUUGGGUAAGAGUUACUACACCAGUAUAUUGGGUGAGAGUUACCACACCAGUAUAUUGGGUGAGAGUUACCACACCAGUAUAUUGGGUGAGAGUUACCACACCAGUAUAUUGGGUGAGAGUUACUACACCCAGUAUAUUGGAUGAGAGUUACUACACCCAGUAUAUUGGGUGAGAGUUACUACACCAGUAUAUUGGGUGAGAGUUACUACACCCAGUAUAUAGGGUGAGAGUUACUACACCAGUAUAUUGGGUGAGAGUUACUACACCAGUAUAUUGGGUGAGAGUUACUACACCAGUAUAUUGGGUGAGAGUUACAACACCCAGUAUAUUGGGUGAGAGUUACUACACCCAGUAUAUUGGGUGAGAGUUACUACACUCAGUAUA